AUGUUGCUGACUGGAGGAGCAGUCAGCGGGAGCUCCUUCGGUGCACUGCUGACUGGAGGAGCAGGCAGCAGUAGCUCCUUCGGUGCACUGCUGACUGGAGGAGCAGUCAGCGGGAGCUCCUUCGGUGCACUGCUGACUGGAGGAGCAGGCAGCAGUAGCUCCUUCAGUGCACUGCUGACUGGACGAGCAGUCAGCUGUAGCUCCUUCGGUGCACUGCUGACUGGAGGAGCAGUCAGCAGUAGCUCCUUCGGUGCACUGCUGACUGGAGGAGCAGUCAGCAGUAGCUCCUUCGGUGCACUGCUGACUGGAGGAGCAGUCAGCUGUAGCUCCUUCGGUGCACUGCUGACUGGAGGAGCAGUCAGCAGUAGCUCCUUCGGUGCACUGCUGACUGGAGGAGCAGUCAGCAGUAGCUCCUUCGGUGCACUGCUGACUGGAGGAGCAGUCAGCAGUAGCUCCUUCAGUGCACUGCUGACUGGAGGAGCAGUCCGCAGUAGCUCCUUCGGUGCACUGCUGACUGGAGGAGCAGGCAGCAGUAGCUCCUUCGGUGCACUGCUGACUGGAGGAGCAGGCAGCAGUAGCUCCUUCAGUGCACUGCUGACUGGAGGAGCAGUCCGCAGUAGCUCCUUCGGUGCACUGCUGACUGGAGGAGCAGUCAGCAGUAGCUCCUUCGGUGCACUGCUGACUGGAGGAGCAGGCAGCAGUAGCUCCUUCAGUGCACUGCUGACUGGAGGAGCAGGCAGCAGUAGCUCCUUCAGUGCACUGCUGACUGGAGGAGCAGUCCGCAGUAGCUCCUUCGGUGCACUGCUGACUGGAGGAGCAGUCAGCAGUAGCUCCUUCGGUGCACUGCUGACUGGAGGAGCAGGCAGCAGUAGCUCCUUCAGUGCACUGCUGACUGGACGAGCAGUCAGCGGGAGCUCCUUCGUUGUGCUACUGACUGGAGCAGCAGUAGCUCCCUCAGUGCACUGCUGA